CUUUUCUUAUAUUUUAAAACUUAACAAACAAGAUGAAUCAAUUCGUAUUUAUUCUUUGUGCUUUCGUAUUAGUAAUAAACGCGCUUCCUCAACAACCAAAAUCCAAAAGACCAACACCCGUGUUUAAACAAAAUCAAUUAGGUGGAUUACAAUUACCGGAUAAUGCUACACUCAUAAGAGAUAACAUCGUGGACACAUUUUCCUGUAAAGACAGAAUUUAUGGAUAUUACGCCGAUAUGGAAAAUGAGUGUCAAAUAUUUCACGUUUGUCUACCACAAACGAGAAAUGUCGCCAAAUGGAGUUUCAUUUGUCCCUCAGAAACGGUUUUCAAUCAGGCCACUUUCGUAUGUACGCGAACGGAAGAAUCGAUACCCUGCGAGGAAUCAGAAAAAUAUUACAGCUUGAACGAGGAGAUCGGUAAGGAGGAAGAAAAUACCGAAGAAGAGACUACCAGAUCUGUUCCAAUAAAUGCUGAUGUCGAGCCAGAGAUAACCAAACCGUUCACGAGGACUUCGAGAAUUUUAAAUCGACAAGGAUCGUCACAACGUCAUUGA